GUUCCUUCCAACUUCCAAAUGAGGCUGUUAACUCACAAUAUGUUAUCAUCAAACAUCAAGGGAGUCGUAAAUGGAUUCCCGUUAAAGAUCGAGGUUGUGAAAGUGGUAGAGAAAGAGGUUGAUUUUAAUAUCGACUUUCUCAAGAACAUGUUCCAUAAGGUUGAAUGGAAGGCACUGGCAGAAGCUUCUAGAACCAUGGGUUACACUGAGCUGCCUGAAAAUGUUGAUGCAGCUAUGCUGGACUCUGAUGAUUUUCUACAUAAGUUUCAUCAUGCUCUUCUUGAACUUCAUCUUGAAGAAGGUGCUUUGGUUUGUCCUGAGACUGGCAGGAAAUUUCCUGUCCAAAAAGGCAUUCCUAAUAUGCUCCUUCAUGAAGAUGAGGUUUGAUUAGUUUUUUUUUUUUUUUUUUUGGUUUGUGUUUUGCUUUGGAAAUGGUUUAAGGGGUUCUUAUGGUUCAACAAUUUGAUUGUAAUGUGAUUGUUGGGAGACAUUGUUGAUAUUAUUAUGGAGUCAUUAUCAGAAUUCCUUUGUUCACUA